CGAUGACCUCAAGGUGAUGUCAUCGAGAGCAAUUCUGAAAGAACUAGAGAAAUAUUACGUACUGUUUACAUAUAAACAAACCUAAUUUUCACAAAUAAAUGGUUUUGUUAUUGACAGACUUGUUAUUUAAAACAUGAAUAAUCACUUCCAGACAUACUAUAAAGACGCAGGUCCUUAUUAAGCUCAAUAUUUAUAAGUUUACAGUACCUUAAUAUGUACUUUGAUAAUAUUAUACACAAGACAAUAGAGUAUGAUAGAAGGCGUUUCCAGAAGAACUUUUGGACGAAGUUCUAGUGGUACAUAUAAUGUACACGCCUUAGAACUGGCUACGGCAAGAGAUCGCAAGCUUAAAGGUCUAAAUGUGACCGUUAGGUUUUUAGAUGAUACCGAUCAUGUAUUUUAUGUUGAAAAACGGACAAAGGGUGCUGAUUUACUUGACCAAGUAUAUCAGCACCUAGAAUUGAUAGAAAAAGACUAUUUCGGUUUGCAGUUCUCGCCAGAUGGCUAUACUAAGGAUAAACCAGCGUGUAUACGAUGGCUCGAUCCGUCCAAAUCAAUAAAAAAGCAAAUGGAUAACUGCCAGGAGCUUCAUUUUAGGGUGAAGUUUUAUGUAUCCGAUCCAAGUAAAUUACAGGAAGAAUAUACAAGGUACCAGUUCUAUUUACAGUUAAGGAGAGAUAUAUUGCAAGGGAAACUAUAUCUACCUCCAUCUACAGCAAUUUUAUUAGCUAGUUAUACCGUCCAAUCCGAAUUAGGCGAUUACAAUCCUGAAGAGCAUGGAGCAGAUUACUUAUCAAAUCUCCAGUUGGUACUCAAUCAAAAUGAAGAAAUAGAAAAGAAAAUUUCAGAGCUACACAAGUUGCAUAAGGGACAGACACCGGCAGAUGCAGAAUUUAAUUUUUUAGAUCAUGCCAAAAGAAUGGAUAUGUAUGGAAUUGAACUACAUAAUGCUAAAGAUAAUGUUAAUAAAAGUAUACAGUUGGGGGUGAGUCACAUUGGCCUAGUUGUGUUCCAUAACAAUAUCAAAAUCAAUACAUUUUCGUGGUCCAAAAUAAUGAAGAUAUCUUUUAAGAGGAAGCAAUUUUUUAUACAGUUAAGAAGAGAACCGUCUGAAGAUUAUGAUACUUUACUUGGCUUCAACAUGGACGAUUAUCGGUCCUCCAAGACUUUAUGGAAAACCUGCGUCGAACACCAUACAUUCUUCAGAUUGAAUUCUCCUAAAGUCAAAAGAAGAUACUUAUCUCUAGGAUCCAAGUUUACUUAUUCUGGCAGAACGGAAUUUCAAACAGUGCAAGAAGCCAAACGACGCGGCAUAUUGGAACGAAAAUUCGUCAGAUCACCAAGUAAACAAUUUGUAAAAGAUAAACAGGUAUCAAGUGAAACAGCCUCAGUGCCUUCAGCUCGGCCUUCCCGUCCUUAUGAUACUCAUAAAGUUACGUCGACAGUGAAAGAACCGAAAAAAGCGUGGACGGAAGACUCAAAAAUCUCAGACGAGUCUACUAUUUCUAGCGACGGUGGAUUUAUUGAACGAGUUCUCGAAGCGCCAUUCUCUCCCAGCAUUGCCGGGAAAGUAAUGAGCUACGCCGACGAAGAGUUUCCGUCCCCUCUGUCCAAUGACGUGUACGAGACUCCGCCCUACAGCAUCAGUCAUUCGCCCACCUCGCACAGCAUUGAGGACGCCGUGGUCACCAUCGUGCUUUACCCUGACGAAGAUGGCAAAUACGGUUUCAAUGUUAAAGGAGGAACUGAAGUAAGUGUCCCGAUAUUGGUUUCGAGAGUUGCGCCAAAUACCCCAGCUGAUAAGUGCACGCCAAGACUGUCAGAAGGUGAUCAAAUUCUACAAAUCAAUGGUCAUGACGUCACGGACGUGUUACAAAGUACCGUGGUGUCGUUGGUUCAGGAGGCCAGAGCGACUGAAUCCGGUAAACUGGUGUUGACCGUAAGACCGAACGUUUUGUAUCAUGGCGCUGAGGAGUUUGAGGAGCCCCCUUUUCAAUAUGUACCUGUGAAUGAUGUAGAGCCAACGAUAGGUAGUCUACUGGAACAAAGCAUGUAUUUCUUGGCUGAUGGACUAGCCAGUGGAGCCUUAAUCGCCAGAUACGAAAUGCUGUACAGGAAGCAUCCGGAUCUAACCUGUAACGAAGCUUUAAAAUCGAACAAUAUUAACAAAAACCGGUAUCGUGAUAUUUUGCCAUAUGAUCAAACCAGAGUUGUUCUAACUAACGGACCUAAUGGUGAUUACGUUAACGCUAAUUUUGUGGAGAUGGUCAUACCCAACAGCGAUAUUAGAAAUAGAUAUAUAGCGACGCAAGGUCCUUUACAGUCUACAACGGAGGACUUUUGGCAAGUGGUUUUGGAACAAAGGUGUAAUUUAAUAAUAAUGCUGACGACCAUCAUCGAAAAGGGCAGAGCGAAAUGUUACAAGUACUGGCCCGGCGUGGGCGAAGUACUUACCAUGCAGAACGCAAUAGUUAAGUGUACCAAGGAGGAAACCGACGAAUCUGGCAGCUUUAUUUUCCGCGAUUUCACGAUAAUUGAUGUGAAGAACAAUCAGGAAUCUUGGAUAAUAAAACACAUGCAGUACAUCGCAUGGCCAGACCACGGAGUACCCGACUCACCACAGCAGUUCCUCAGGUUCACCAGGAGCGUUAGAGAGCACAGAGUCGCAGACGUACCUGUUAUCGUGCACUGCAGCGCCGGCAUAGGCCGUACCGGAGUGCUGGUACUGAUGGAAACCGCCCUUAACCUGAUAGAAGUAGGCGAACCCGUGUACCCGUUAGAGAUAGUGAAAGUGAUGAGGGAACAGCGUGCUAUGAUGGUUCAAAAUGCUAGUCAAUAUAGAUUUGUAUGCGAGAGUGUACACGCAGCUUAUAUAGAAAGUACAGCCGCCAAGAAGGAUCAGCACGAGAAAAAAGACUAACACAAAACACAAUGCAACGUCGUCUAUCUAAUAGUCGACGUACCAGAUUUAAUUUAUUUUAAUACGAUGACGAUUAACCGACAAAAAUGAAUUUUAGAUAACUCUACAUAAGCUGUUUUAAAUAUUUUAUUAAAUAAAACAAAUCUCUUUUACUAA